AUGGCUAGUCCAGGGAAAGAUAACUAUAGAAUGAAAAGUUAUAAGAAUAAAGCCCUAAAUCCUCAAGAGAUGCGUAGACGCAGAGAAGAAGAAGGAAUACAGCUUCGAAAACAAAAAAGGGAAGAACAAGUAAAGAAACCUAAUCCACCAAUAGAUCAAGUUAUACAGAAACCAGGAGUCGUACAGAGAUUUGUGAAAUUUCUUGAAAGAAAUGAAAAUUGUACUCUACAAUUUGAAGCUGCAUGGGCAUUAACUAAUAUAGCAUCUGGAACUUUUUUGCAUACCAAGGUAGUGAUUGAAACUGGGGCUGUUCCAAUUUUUAUCAAACUUCUUAAUUCCGAACAUGAAGAUGUUCAGGAACAGGCGGUUUGGGCACUUGGUAAUAUUGCUGGUGACAACGCAGAAUGCAGAGAUUUUGUAUUGAAUUGUGAAAUACUUCCACCUCUGUUAGACUUAUUAACAAAUUCAAACAGACUUACAACAACAAGAAAUGCUGUAUGGGCCCUCUCAAAUUUAUGUAGAGGCAAAAAUCCUCCUCCAAACUUUAGUAAGGUUUCACCUUGCUUAAAUGUCCUAUCACGAUUAUUGUUUAGCAGUGACCCAGAUGUAUUAGCAGAUGUGUGUUGGGCCCUUUCUUAUCUCUCCGAUGGACCCAAUGAUAAAAUUCAAGCAGUCAUUGAUUCUGGAGUGUGUCGAAGAUUGGUGGAACUUUUGAUAAAGCCAUUAGAUAGGCCAAACAAGAUAGGUGGCACAAAGAAGAGAGAUGUGACAGCAUCAGAGGAGGGUGGGCAGGUAAUUUUGAAUUGCUCUGCAUUACCCUGUCUCUUACAUUUAUUGAGUAGUCCAAAGGAGUCAAUUAGAAAAGAAGCUUGCUGGACUGUUUCUAACAUCACUGCUGGAAAUAGAGCUCAGAUUCAGGCUGUAAUAGAUGCAAAUAUUUUUCCCGUUUUGAUUGAGAUUCUUCAGAAAGCAGAGUUUCGCACCAGAAAAGAAGCAGCGUGGGCUAUAACUAACGCAACAUCAGGAGGCACUCCAGAGCAGAUAAGGUAUCUGGUAGCCUUAGGCUGCAUUAAACCACUUUGUGACCUUUUGACUGUUAUGGACUCCAAAAUAGUCCAAGUGGCUUUAAAUGGACUUGAAAAUAUUUUACGUUUAAGUGAACAAGAAAGCAACAACAACACAAUUUCUAUAUGUAUGCUUUGUGUAAUAGGUUUGGAUAAAAUUGAGUUUCUACAAAGCCAUGAAAAUCAGGAAAUUUACCAAAAGGCUUUUGAUCUGAUUGAACAUUACUUUGGUGUAGAAGAAGAUGAUCCUAGUAUUGUACCUCAGGUGGAUGAAAACCAACAACAGUUUGUAUUUCAGCAGCAGGAAGCACCAAUGGAUGGAUUUCAACUUUAAUUUGG